CAAAUACACACAUUCGACAUCAGUUUUCCACAUCGUUUACUACCCCCAAAAUUAAGAGACCUAAGAACAAAUAAUACACGUUAAACACGUGAACCAGCUGCUAUUGAUUAGGUGCAGGUUUCACAGCCCAUAUAAACUUUAAACCAUUCAUAAACUGAAAAAAAUAAUCGCGUUUACGUUCAAUCACCCUGGCAUUUUUGAGACCCAUUUAAACAUUGACGAAAACUGACUCAGUCAGGAGCUGUCAGCAGCUCGUAACUAAAUAUAUCAAAACAAAGACAUAUAUAACAGUACUAUAAUUGCUCCAGUUCUUACACCGACACACUGUCCAUACACUACCCCAACUAUUCUUACGGCAGAUGUAUCACUUAUUCUCACCUCUGGUCUGUAUGUGUCUAAUGGUUAGAGUUCGACCUGUAAAGAUUCUAUAGCUACAUAUAUUUCCGUAUUAUAUCACAUCGGAACUCUCCGUUGGUGUAUAUAAACAUUGUUAGACUAUGUAUGUGGAGUCCCUCACAUUUGAGUAUUCAUGCCUGACAUUGAGAGAUAAUAUAAACAUAAUUAGUACGAGAUGGAAGUGAUAACGGAUAAUGCCUCCAACCUUAAUCUGAAAGAUAUUUCCCAACCAAUGCUUCAGAACAUGGUGAGCGGAGAAGAUGCGAAAAAUUCAAAUAGUGCUUCUUCUACUUCCGCACCCGAUAACACAGUAACUUCUACUACCCAUGACGAUAGUAUGAUAGGUGAUCAAAAUAUAGAAGGAAGCACAGAGAAGGCCAGUUUCAAACUACAAAAGGAUAACGAAUACAAAGGAACGAUCAAGCAUGUGAUGGGGGAAAGUAGUAAGAAACGUGAACACCGAAGUGAGUUUGUUAUACUUGGCUCAGGGGUCAGUACGGGUCUACCUAAAACCACGUGUAUUAUACGACCGCGUGAAAACAUGUACAAUGUGAGUACUCGGAAAGAUGGGUGCAAUGUGUGUGAAGACGGCCUACGCAACCCGCGAUCUAAAAAUAGACGGGGCAACGUGUGCGCUCUGGUCCGAUAUAAAGGGAAGGAGAUACUAAUCGACUGCGGAAAGACCAUCCGGGAGCAGUGUCUGCAGCAUUUUCCGCGCAUGGGGGUGGAGACGAUACACGCCAUAGUUCUUACCCACGGGCAUGCGGACGCCAUCUUUGGCCUAGACGAAGUUCGGGAUAUCCAGAUCGGGGCUAAAAAGCUGGGUGAGGUGGAUGGCGAGAUGCGGUGGAGUGAGCCACAUAUCACGCCUGUGUAUCUGAAUGAGAGCACAAUGAAGGUGUGUGAGGGGGUGUUCCCGUAUCUUAUGCCGAACCUAGAGGAAGAACGAAGUGAGCGAAAACAGACGAGAAAACAGAAACGACUAGCCAAGGCCAGGGCUGCAGCUGAAUUAGAUGCUACGGCUGAGGUAAAAGGCAGAUGGAGGAGUACGCAUACUCACCUCUCCUCGCAUACUUUGUGUACGCACAGACACAGUAGUAGUACACAUGUACACCACCGACACUCGAAUAAGCAUCAUGCCCACCGUGACAAACACCAGGAAUCAAUCCCGGCAAGUAAAGACGGCAGCGCUUGUUCCCACGGCAACAAGCCUGUGGGUAGUGAUGCUGAUAACGUAGGCAUGGCUAGUGAUUGUAAAUCCCGGGAAACGGACUGGGUAGAUAUAUCCCAGGAUGACGGGGAGCAAGUUGAAACGAACUAUGCGACACGUACGUUGGGGGGCCCUGAUGCAGCCGUGCCAGCUGCAAACGUGGUAGAUAGGAGCGACAGUACUGACAAAUACAUUAGUACGAGUAAUAGUAAUAUCCCAGGCGGCAUAGUUGGCUCAGUCGAAAAACAACCCGUCUCUGAUGCGCAAUGUAGUACUGGGGAUGACCCUGAAUCGCCUGGCAAAGAUAGCGCUCUGACAGGUGACAAGUUGGCACAUUCUGCACAGGUGAAUGGGAAGAUAAGUCUUCUUUCGGGGGUUGAUAGUGAGGUAUCGAACCCCGAUAUGGGCGAUGUGGGUACAACACGCACUAAAUCGACAGAUGAUGGAAGAAGCAAAUCUGCGGGCGACGACGGAGACUCCGAUGAGGAACCAAAAUUGAAAGAUAUCCCCAGAAGGGUGGCAGCAUUGCAGUGGAAGGUGUACGAUGAGGAUAGCUACUUCAAGCCGUUCUACCCUGUGGGAGAUGCAGGUCUUGAGUUCACACCCAUCCCCAUGUUCCAUGGGGGCGAGUACGUGUGUAUGGGGUUCGUGAUCCGCCUGGAGAAUGAUGGGAUCGUGCCGGAUGUGGAGGAUCCCUUGGUGUCGGAUAACUUUCCAGGUGAGGACAGGGAUAGCACCUGUUGUAAGGCUGAUAGUUGUGGUAGUAAUAGAGGCAACACGAGUGGUGAUGUAGGCUGUACCAUCUGUACGGGCGAUACCUCUAGGUGCGGUCAGGACGCGCAGCAAAGCGGUACACAUCUAUCUGAAAGCGGGACGCAGAACCUCAAACCCAACACACGGGCGGUAAUCGCGUAUCUGUCCGACCUUCACGAUCUACCACCAGAAUCUCUGGUAUUUCUCAAGGCACUGCCCAGAAUAGACCUGCUAGUCAUCGACGCCCUCUCACGCCUUCCCGUGGGUUCCCACUAUUCACUGGGCCAAGCAACUGCUCUGGCGCGUGAGCUAAGACCUCUGAGGUCUGUUUGCGUAGGGAUGACAUGCCAGUUGGGCCUACAUGAUGUGGUCAAUGAGGAGUUGCGGGAAAUCUGGGAGACGGACCGGUUGAGGUUCGAGAUGGCAUGGGAUGGUCAGACAUUUGGGUUUGCAGCGCCAGAGGUAGGGGGUGAAGCAACACUGGUGGAAGUGGAAGGGGCUUGUGAUGGUGCGGAGAAGGUGUACAAUUGGUUCUGAAACGAACGAGGUUGCUACUAAAUCCGAGCUAAGUAUGGAGUUUUCUGUUGCCAUCAAUUAUUAAAACUGGGAGGUGGUAUCAUAGCGGGCCACACAACAAUCGGCCGUUUUUUUUUCUGGAAAUGAAGUUUGAUAUAGAAAAGAG